ACAAUUUUAGUUGAAAAAAGAAAUAAAUAAAAAUAUGAAACUUGAGAUUGUAAAUUUGGUAAAAAUAAUGCAUAAAAAAAUAUGAUGUUAUAAUUAAUAAUGAUAGAUAAAUCAGAUGUGAGAUGACGAUGGUUACGAUGAAGAUGAUGAUGAUGAUGAUGAUGAUUAUGACAAUGAGUAAAAUAACAAAAUGUCACGAGACGUAAAAUACAGUGUUAAAUAUGUAAGAGACGGAAUUUUUCUUUACCGUCUCAUUGGUAAGAUGUAACAGUGAUACUAUUUAAGUUGGAUUAGAUAGAAUAUGAAUGCUGAGACGGAUACACUUGAGCUCGAGGUUUUCGAGGUUCGAGGUGAUGGUGAUGAUGUCAGGCCUACAAAAUCAACAAUAAAUUAUCGUGAAAUAAAAAAAUCAAAAAAACGUCCACAUGAUAUUGAUAAAAGAAAAUUAAAUAAUGAAAAUAAAAAUCCAUUCAAAAAAAAUAAAAAAGAUAAAAAAUAUCAUAAAAAAAUUGAUAAACAAGGAUCAUCAAGUGGACUUGUUGUUGGUAAUUUUCCAUCAUCAUCAAAGGAUAUUGAUAAUCAAACUGGUGAAUGUUCAAAACGUGAUUCAUCAUGUAGUAUUGGUGGUACAAAUAAUCGUCAUGUCAGAUUACGUGAAUCCCUAUUAACAGUAUUGGGUAAAUUAGUUGUAUGGAAAGGUACCAGAUAUCGUCCAACAUCAACAACAACAACAACAACAACACAAAAUUCACCACCACCAACUGAAUGUAUUGGUAGAAGUACUGUUUUUUUUUCUAGUGAGACAGAGAGGAGAAUUCGAGCAAAUAAUCGGGGCUAUAACUCACAAUUUAAAUAUGCGAAUAAUUAUAUCAAAACGUCCAAGUACUCGGUUCUGACUUUCCUGCCAUUAAAUUUGUUUGAGCAAUUUCAACGACUUGCAAAUUUUUACUUCCUGUGUCUGUUGGUGCUUCAAAUGAUACCUGCAAUAUCAUCACUUACCCCAAUCACAACAGCCAUACCUCUUAUUGGAGUGCUAACACUCACUGCCGUCAAAGAUGCCUAUGAUGAUUUUCAACGACACAGCAGUGAUUCACAAGUAAACAAUAGAAAAUCCCAGACUCUACGUGGUACAAAUUUAAUUGUUGAAAAAUGGUCACAAGUACAAGUUGGUGAUGUUAUUAGAAUGGAAAAUGAUCAAUUUGUUGCUGCUGAUGUAUUAUUAUUAUCAACAAGUGAACCAAAUGGCCUUUGUUAUAUUGAGACUGCUGAAUUAGAUGGUGAAACAAAUUUAAAAUGUCGUCAAUGUUUAGCUGAAACAUCGGAAAUGAUGGAUAAUAAUGAACUUAUUGGUAAAUUUGAUGGUGAAAUUGUUUGUGAAACACCAAAUAAUUUAUUAAAUAAAUUUGAUGGUAUAUUAACAUGGAAAGGAAACAAAUAUGCAUUGGAUAAUGAUAAAAUAAUAUUACGUGGUUGUGUUUUGAGAAAUACCCAAUGGUGCUAUGGUGUUGUUAUUUUUGCUGGCAAAGAUACAAAAUUAAUGCAAAAUUCAGGAAAAACAAAAUUUAAAAGAACUUGUAUUGAUAGAUUAUUGAAUCUUCUUAUUAUUGGAAUUGUAUUUUUUUUAUUAUCAUUGUGUGCAUUUUGCAUGAUUGGCUGUGGUAUAUGGGAAUACUUUAUUGGACGUUAUUUUCAAGUUUAUUUACCAUGGGAUACAUUAGUGCCAACAGAUCCAUUUGGUGGUGCAACAAUAAUUGCAGUACUUGUAUUUUUUUCUUAUUCAAUUGUAUUAAAUACUGUUGUGCCAAUAAGUCUUUAUGUUAGUGUUGAAGUUAUAAGAUUUGUACAAUCAUUUCUUAUUAAUUGGGAUGAAGAAAUGUAUUAUGCACCAUCAAAUACACAUGCACGUGCUAGAACAACAACACUUAAUGAAGAAUUGGGACAAAUUGAAUAUAUAUUUUCUGAUAAAACUGGUACAUUAACACAAAAUAUUAUGACAUUUAAUAAGUGUUCAGUUAAUGGAAAAAGUUAUGGUGAUGUACUUGAUGAAGUAACUGGUGAAGUCAUCGAUUUAUGUGAGACGGAUAAAAAAUUCAACAAGACAUCAAAGGUGAAAUGGAAAGCUGGUGAUGAUUUUAUACAACAUAUUAAUACAUCAAUAAAUGGGGUCAGUGAUAAGCUACUGGAACAAGAUGAUACAAUUGACAAGAAUAUUCCAAAAUCAAGCAUUCAAGUGGAUACUAAAUUCCCACAAUUAUCAUCAACACUUCGACCAUUAGAUUUUUCAUUUAACAAAGACUACGAGCCAGAAUUUAAAUUUUAUGAUUCUACAUUACUUGAUGCUGUAAAAAAAGAAAAUGAUGAAGUAUUUUUAUUUUUUCGUUUAUUGGCAUUGUGUCAUACUGUUAUGGCUGAAGAAAAAAAUGGUAAAAUUGAAUAUCAAGCACAAUCACCAGAUGAAUCAGCACUUGUAUCGGCAGCUAGAAAUUUUGGUUUUGUAUUUCGUGAACGUUCACCAAAUAGUAUAACAAUUGAAGUUAUGGGAAAACGUGAAAUUCAUGAAUUAUUAUGUAUUCUUGAUUUUAAUAAUAUUAGAAAAAGAAUGUCUGUUAUAUUAAGAAGAAAUGGUCAUAUUAGAUUAUAUUGUAAAGGUGCUGAUAAUGUUAUUUAUGAAAAAUUAAAAAAUAAUUCAAAUGAUAUUAUGCAAAAAACACAAGAACAUUUAAAUAAAUUUGCUGGUGAAGGUUUAAGAACACUUUGUUUAUCAUAUAAAGAUGUUGAUGAAAGUUUUUAUAAUGAUUGGAAACAACGACAUAUGGAAGUUGUUAUGACUGGUGGUGAAGAUAAAGAUGAUAAACUUGAUGCAAUUUAUGAAGAAAUUGAAAAAGAUAUGAUACUACUUGGUGCAACAGCUAUUGAAGAUAAACUUCAAGAUGGUGUACCACAAACAAUUGCUAAUUUAAGUCUUGCUGGUAUUAAACUUUGGGUUCUUACUGGUGAUAAACAAGAAACAGCAAUAAAUAUUGGUUAUUCUUGUCAAUUAUUAACUGAUGAUUUAACAGAUGUAUUUAUUGUUGAUGCAACAACAUAUGAUGCAGUUGAAACACAGCUAAAUCGUUUUCUUGAAACAAUUAAGACAGCAGCUAGUCAACAACACAGGCCAGCACUUUCAAUCGUCACAUUCAGGUGGGACAAAAAAAGUGAUACAGAGUAUAACAGAGAUGAACCUGAUGAACAUGAACCUGAUUAUUCAGCUGAUUUUGCAAUAGUCAUCAAUGGACACUCAUUGGUUUAUGCAUUAAAUCCAAAAAUGGAACAAUUAUUUAUUGAAGUUACAACUUCAUGUAAAUCCGUGAUAUGUUGUCGUGUUACACCACUUCAAAAAGCUAUUGUCGUUGAUUUGAUAAAAAGAAAUAAAAAUGCAGUUACUUUGGCUAUUGGUGAUGGUGCUAAUGAUGUGUCAAUGAUUAAAACAGCACAUGUUGGAGUUGGUAUAAGUGGUCAAGAAGGAUUACAAGCUGUUCUUGCAUCUGAUUAUUCAAUUGGACAAUUUAAAUUUCUUGAAAGAUUAUUACUUGUUCAUGGACGUUGGUCUUAUUAUAGAAUGUCAAAAUUUUUACGUUAUUUUUUUUAUAAAAAUUUUGCAUUCACAUUGUGUCAUAUAUGGUUUGCAUUUUUUUGUGGAUUUAGUGCACAGACCUUAUUUGAUCCAAUGUAUAUAUCAGUAUAUAAUUUAUUUUACACAUCAUUGCCAGUAUUGGCUGUUGGUGUACUUGAUCAAGAUGUUAAUGAUAAAAAUAGUUUACUUUAUCCAAAAUUAUAUACACCUGGAUUACAAAAUAUGUUAUUUAAUAAAAAAGAAUUUUGUUGGAGUGCUUUACAUGGAUUUUGGGCGAGUUGUGUACUUUUUUUAGUACCUUAUGGUACUUAUAGAGAUGGAUUAUCACCAAAAGGCUAUGUACUUUCUGAUCAUAUGUUACUGGGCAGUGUGGUAGCUUCAAUAUUAGUUGUUGUUGUCACUGUUCAAAUAGCCCUUGAUACAUCUUACUGGACAGUUAUUAAUCAUAUUAUGGUUUGGGGUUCACUUAUAUGGUAUUUUAUUCUUGAUUAUUUUUACAAUUUCAUCUUUGGUGGUAUUUAUGUUGGAAGUCUUACAAUGGCAAUGUCGGAGGCAACAUUUUGGUUUACAACAGUUAUAUCAUGCAUUAUACUUGUGAUACCAGUACUAUCAUGGAGAUUCUUCUUCAUUGAUGUACGACCAACAUUAUCAGAUAGAGUUAGAUUAAAACAACGUCAUGCACGUAUGCGUUCACGUCAAAGUCAGGAUGUAUUACGUACACCAUCAACAAGACGUACACGUCGUUCAUUACGUUCUGGUUACGCAUUUGCUCAUCAAGAGGGCUUUGGUCGUUUAAUAACAUCUGGUAAAAUUAUGCGAAAAUUACCAAAUGGUUCAGAUUUCAAAUUUGCAAUGCCAUUUACGAGUAAUGGAUCAAAACAAGUUGCAACGACAUCACCAACUGAUAAUUCAGCAAAAAAUCCAAGGACUUUAGAUACAUUAAAUCUGUAAGUUUUUAUUUUUAUUUUUUUAAAAUUAUAUUUGUUGUUGCCUUUUUUUUUCUUCAAGAAUAAAUUAUUCUUCACUUCUGUGAGCUUCUCUUGUAUAUUAUGCAAUAGAAGCAUAUGUGAUUAUGAGAGAAAAAAAAAAACAAAACUUUAGCACAAUAUUCAAAAAAGUGUUGUCUUAUUUUUUUUUUCUUUUUGUGACGCACUAAUUUACGUAUUGUGAAUUUGUGAUAUUUUCAUUUCAUUUAUAUUUGUUAAUCAUUGUUUAUUUAAAAAAAAAAAUUGAUCAAAACAGCACAUGCUUACAGAUUAUAAUAUUAAUUUAAAAAAUAUUUGUGCUAAUAAAUAAAAUAACACAACAUCGAAAUAAUAAUCUAUCAAUUUCGAUUUUUAAAAAUGAUAAUUUAAAUUUAGCUGAAAAAAUUGGAACAUUGAUAAUUGCCUUUAUGAUAAAUUAAAAAAGAUAAUAUUCAGAAAACAAAUAACAAAAAUGAUAUCAAUUAUUGAUUAUGUAUUAUAGUUUACUGUAAAUAUUUUAAAGAGAUAUAUACUAUAUUAAAUGCUAAGUAUACAUUUUUUUAAAUGGAAAGUAAUAUAUAAAAAAAAAAAUAAUAUAUAUAAGUAUAGACGUUACAAGAAUGAAAGAUGAAAUUUUAAAAUUCAAUUGAGAGAAUAUAUAUAAAUAUAUAUCUAUUAACAAUUAUUUGCCUUAGACUGACUAUUGAAUAUAGAAAAAAGAAAAACGAAAAAAAAAAUAAACAUUUAAAAAAACAUAAUUAAAUACAAAUAAUAACCCUUAAAAAUCGCUUAAUUAUUUAAGAAUGAAAUGUGUUUCUACUUUUUAAGAUCAUAAAUAUAAAAAGAAUAUAAAGAAAAAUCAAUAAAUAAGUUUUAAUAAAUUUAGUUAAUUAAUACUGAAUAUUUGAAUUGUGUUUUUCAUAAUCAAAUACAUACUGUUAUUUUCCAAAGAAAAAAAAUUAAGAUAAACUAAUUUAAAAUUUAAAAAAAAUGGCUAAUAUUAGUUUUUCAAAUGUGCCUGAAUAUAAUGUAAUUUUUUUUUUUUACUGCAAAAUUAUAAUUUUUAAUUUUAUCCCAAUUUUUUUUCACUAAAAUAAUUUAAGUUUUUUGUAACUGUCAAAUUUUUGUACGUAAAAAUUUAUAAAUAGAAAAAAAAGUAUCACAAUUUUGAAAUUGUAUUUCAAAUUCAUUGAUAUUUAUUUGUGUUCACGAAAAAAAAAUGUGUUUAAUGUAUUGACGUCGUUAUGAAAAAAGUUCUUAAGCUUUUUUGCACCAUGCUAAAAAAAAAAAACAAGAAAAAAAAAAAAUAAC